GGGGCUCGUGUUUGUUGCGGCCAGUGGGAAAGGGAGAGUGGAAUCUAGUGCUUCGGGAAGAGGGUUUUCACUUUCUACCUUGUCUCCGGUUUUAGUGACACUACCUCCUACCCACCCCGUCCCACCAUGGGCAAGAAAAGCAAAGUCGGAAAGAGCCGGAGGGACAAGUUCUAUCACCUGGCGAAGGAGACCGGUUACCGCUCCCGCUCCGCUUUCAAACUCAUCCAGUUAAAUCGCCGCUUUCAGUUUCUGCAGAAAGCCCGAGCCUUGCUGGACCUGUGUGCUGCGCCCGGGGGAUGGUUGCAGGUGGCUGCCAAGUUUAUGCCUGUAUCCAGCCUUAUCGUUGGAGUGGACCUGGUUCCAAUCAAGCCUCUUCCCAAUGUGGUGACAAUCCAGGAGGACAUCACAACAGAACGCUGUAGGCAGGCCCUGAGGAAGGAGCUGAAGACCUGGAAAGUUGAUGUUGUGCUCAAUGAUGGGGCCCCCAACGUUGGGGCUAGCUGGGUCCAUGAUGCUUACUCACAAGCCCAUUUGACACUGAUGGCGCUGCGUUUGGCUUGUGAUUUUCUGGCCCGUGGUGGCUGCUUCAUUACAAAGGUUUUCCGCUCUCGUGACUAUCAGCCUCUGCUGUGGAUCUUCCAGCAGCUCUUUCGCCGUGUCCAGGCCACUAAGCCCCAAGCGUCCCGCCAUGAAUCUGCAGAGAUCUUUGUAGUCUGCCAGGGGUUCCUGGCUCCUGACAAGGUCGACAGUAAAUUCUUUGACCCCAAGUUUGCCUUCAAGGAGAUUGAAGUUCAGGCCCAGACUGUUACUGAGUUGGUGACUAAGAAGAGGCCGAAGGCUGAAGGCUAUGCUGAGGGCGACCUCACCCUUUAUCACCGUACUUCAGUCACCGACUUCCUCCGAGCUGCCAACCCUGUGGACUUCCUCUCCAAAGCCAGCGAAAUCUCGCUAGAUGACGAGGAGUUGGCACAGCAUCCCGCCACCACUGAGGACGUGCGGGCCUGCUGUCAGGAUAUCAAAGUGCUAGGGCGCAAGGAGCUUAGGUCCCUACUGAACUGGAGAACGAAGCUCCGGCGCCACGUGGCCAAGAAGCUAAAAGCGCAGGCGAAGGCACUGGACAUCAGUCUCAGCUCCGGAGAGGAAGAGGAGGAGGCCGACGAGGAGUCCGCAGCUGGAACGGUGAGGCAGCCCUCGGAGGAGGAAGAGGAGGAGGAACAACUCGACCGGACCCUGGCAGAGAUGAAGGCCCAGGAGGUGGCGGAAUUAAAGAGGAAGAAAAAGAAGCUGCUGCGUGAGCAGAGAAAACAACGGGAGCGAGUGGAGCUGAAGAUGGAUCUUCCUGGGGUUUCUAUUGCAGACGACGGGGAGACUGGCAUGUUCUCCCUGCGCACCAUCCGGGGUCACCGGCUGUUAGAGGAGGUAACAGAAGGAGAUAUGAGUGCUGCAGACACCUUUCUGUCCGAUGUGCCAAGGGAUGACAUUUAUGUAUCAGAUGGUGAGGAUGACGACACAUCCCUGGAUAGUGAUUUGGAUCCAGAGGAGCUGGCCGGAGUUGGAACUGCACGUCUAAAGGACCAAAAGCGCGUGCAGUUUGCUGAAGUAGAAGGUGGAAAAGAGGAAGCAGAGAAUCCGCUGCUGGUACCACUGGAGGAAAAGAGGGUGCUGCAGGAAGAACAAGCCAGUCUGUGGUUCUCUAAGGAUGGCUUCAGUGGGAUGGAGGAUGAUGCGGAUGAGGCCCUGGAGAUCAGUCAAGCCCAGCUGUUGAACGAGGGCCGUCGGAAGGGGCGGCAGCAAGUGCUGCCACCACCUUCCUGUUUGAAGACGGAGGAGAGAGCUCCCCAGUGCCAGGAGGAGCAGCCAGCAGGGGCAGAGGCUCCGUCGGAGGCAGAGGCCACCAGCAGGCCGGGCGGGGAAGAGAGAGAGGGCAGCUCAGACAGUGACAGCGACAGCAGCAGCGAGGAUGGAGAGAGUUGGGAAACAAAGCGUGGAAAGAAGCGAAGCCGUGGGCCUAAGUCAGAUGACGACGGGUUUGAGAUCGUGCCCAUCGAGGACCCAAUGAAAUAUCGGAUACUAGACCCUGAAGGCCUUGCCCUUGGUGCGAUCAUUGCUUCUUCCAAAAAGGCAAAGCGGGACCUCAUAGAUAAUUCCUUCAGCAGGUAUACGUUUAACGAGGAGGAGGGGGAGCUUCCGGAGUGGUUUGUGCAGGAGGAAAAGCCGCACAGGAUGCGGCAGCUGCCCAUCGACAAGAAGGAGGUGGAAUACUACCGCAGACGCUGGCGGGAAAUCAAUGCACGUCCCAUCAAGAAAGUAGCAGAGGCCAAAGCCAGAAAGAAACGGAGGAUGCUGAAGAAGCUUGAGCAAACCAAGAAGAAGGCCGAGGCUGUGGUGAACACCGUGGACAUCUCCGAACGAGAGAAAGUGGCUCAGCUUAGGAGUCUCUACAAGAAGGCUGGCCUCGGCAGGGAGAAACGCCAAGUCACCUACGUCAUAGCCAAAAAGGGUGUGGGCCGCAAGGUGCGCCGGCCAGCUGGAGUCAGAGGUCACUUCAAGGUGGUGGACUCCAGGAUGAAGAAAGACCAAAGAGCUCAGCAAAGGAAAGAGCAGAAGAAAAAACACCGACGGAAAUGAGCAGAGCCACCAGGGCCUCCAGUGUGAGGACAUGGAAGUGUGAUUCUGGCUUUGCUUGCAUCCCACUCAGCUGGACAGACAGGUGGGGUGCCCAGAACUCUCAAGGUGGUCCUCAUGGUGAGGGUAACACCCCCCACGGAUCUUCUGAUAGGAACGUGGGGUACUGAAUGAACACUCCUACCUUUAAGGUCCAUGUUGGGGUAGCAUAUUCACUCUCUCUAGGCAAGUGGGGCCUCUUGGGUCUUCCCCCCUCUUCUUCCAUUCAUCCAAAUAAAGCCAGGGCACUAUUUUUUCCUGACAUUUUAGUUCCCAUGAAGCAUUAACUCAGAAGCACCUGGGUGUUCACACCAUGUGCUGCACGGUUACAAAUCCUACUUCGUAUGUACUCACUGUGAAGUACAAAUGACAAACAAUCCACAGGUCCCAGUAGUAAAACAUUUACUAGAGCAAGCAGAGAGGAAUGCACAUCUUAAAGAAACCUUCACAAAGUCACAAAAUUCGAAGGAUGUAUAUUUCUUUUCCUUUUAUAAACAAGAUAGAACAAAAAUCAUCAAAAUCAUUUCAGCAAAAGAUUUUUCUACCAUUGUGGCAAGUUAAAAAAAAAAAACAAUGAAAUAGAAGACACUUUAAAAGCUGUCAGAGUUUUUGUUUGUUUAAAUUUAGCAAUACUUCAGACCUGGAGCAAUCUGGUUUCCAGGAGCAUCUUUUCCUCCUCAAGGGCAGAGGUUCUGGGUGUCACCGCCGCUGCUUCCUGUCUCAGGACUGGAUACAACCCUGGCUGGGGAACCUGACCAUGGACUCCCACUUUGAAUUAGGCAUCUCCCUUCCCUGCAAAGUCUAGAAGCACCGAAAUGCUUCCUCAAAUCUCUCACAAAUACUUCAGUGGGUUGGUGUACAGAAAGCCAACUCCUAAAAGGGACUGCCUGGCCAAACAACUAAGAAAAGGAAUUUUAUCUGUAGAUGUUGAUAAGGUGACAGUUUAGUAAAAAAUAUAAGCUACAUAUAAUAUAAACCUAGAGUGAGUUUUGUGCCCUACAAGGCCCGUUCCUCGAAGGUAUCCCCAACUGACCUUGAUAACUCACCCAGAGCCCAUAAGGAAGUUCCCAGCUCUCACUGCUUCCACGGACCAAAAGCAGCUUCCUACGAAGACAUCUGAAAACUGAUCCAGGUGAAGGAGUAAUGUCUCCAAGCUCCAGCUAUCCACUAAGGGCAGGGGGCCCUUACACUGUGGGCCCCAACCCAGCCCUGAGACACCUAGUUACCAAAAAUCUUUCUAAAAAUAAAAUUAAAGACAAUUGA